AUGUCUCUGCCGCGCCCACCCCCGAAUCCAGUGUCAGACCUCAUGGAUCUUGUCAUCAAUCGAGAGUCGCGCUACACAACGCACUCACUCGUCACAUCUUACCUGGGUAUUGAUGAUAUACGCAAUGUUCAGUUAGCCUGCAGAAAGACAUCGGAUCUGUACGCGAACAUGAAGAAGACCCAGUGGAACAUCAACACAAGCCUGCAGCCAUUCUUCAAGAAUACUCAAAAGUUCCGCUCUGUACAGGCCCAGACCGAGACUCUGAUCGGAAGCAAAUUCGCCGGAAAGUUCUUCCGUCGUCUGCAGGUCAAGAACGAACUUGAGCUCUUUACGCAAGCUGGGGAGAAGGCAGAUGCUCUCAUUAGCUAUCUCGAAAAGAACGGGUAUGUUCGAGACAAAGACUUCUCUCAUGACCGCGUUACGUUUGGUGCUUCAAGGUGCGACUUCGAAGAAGGAUUUAUCGUCAAGACUGGCGAGUGGGUGGUCAACCCCUAUGGAGAGGCGUCGGAGUCACACCCGGAGUUCGCUUCCGCGCGGACCGCUGGCGACAAUCUCUCAUGGGUAAUCAAGCUUGAUACCACCGAAAUCACCCCUGCUACAGCCCCAGACUCGCUACUUGACGACGCGCAAUUCUCCAUGGGUGUAUCCUGCAGUUCGAGCACAGUGUCCUACCUUCAGUUCAGAUAUGAUGUACUCGCAUCCUGCGCCCUACAACAUACAUACAUCUGUCAUUCGCGAACCCACUUUGUACCAGGCGGCGGUCACAGGCAAGACGAUUACAGGGAUCAGAUGCAGUACCUCGAAAAGCUACUGAACGACCAAACAUCCAUGCAACUCACCAUGCUUAAACGAGACGACCGGCCCCCUCAAUAUGGCAGAAUCACUAGUACGAGAGGAAGCGACCACACGGCUAAGGGUCACUUCACGGUGCCUCCGAACUGGAAUUACUUCGACGCAGAGAUCCAGGCUGAGCUUCGGAAAAUAACUAAGCAGUUGCUCGCUACCGAUCCGUGCUGCCCGGAAAAAUGGGACCAUCUCUUACAGGAUGGAAACUGA